CGUAUUAGACACGUGAUGCGGAAGUAGUCCGACAGCACUCUGCUGUACAACGUGCAAGAGCCGUACUGUGGCUUCCAAAGCAGUCAGGACGAAGUGAACGCGUUUGUUGUACAAUUAUCGUUUUUCUAAUGCCUCGUAUUGUAUUAUACGUGAUGUUGUAUCUUUAAACGUAAAAUAACACAAGAAACGUAUUUUGCUUGAUACUGUCAAAUGUAUGGGGUUCCUUGCUUAAUUAUAAAGUUAACCAACUGCUUACAAGCAGAGUGUACUUUGUUUUGGAUAACACCGAUAUUGUUUAGUGAUCACAUAAAAUGGACCAAGUAGAAAUGACGUGCAGUUCCGUAUCUUGUUUUAUUUCAACCCACGAGGGUUUCCAGGGAAGCAUAAAAAAAUUCACAAGUGACUUUGUAGUGACUGAGAUUAAUUUAGACGGACAGAUGGUGAAUGCAGAAAGUUUGGCCAAGUCCCAUUCGGAACCAUUAUUAUGUUCUGGUAACCGGCAGCGGGGCCGUAAUUAUGAACCAAAGAUUGACCAAACCGAAGGCUCUGCAUUGACUGACAGCAGCAGAGAGGAGAGAGCAUCAGAACAGGGUGUGAGCGACCAUGCCUUCCCUGCCUGUGUGAAUAUGUGGGAGCAGCAUCAUGAUCUGGAGCAAAUUCUGGGCCGUUCGGUAAAUGAUGAACUUGAGACGUUUGCCAUGGAAAAUAGUUUGUGUUAUGAUCAUAAUGCGGGCGAAAAUCCAGGCAGGGAACACAUAUCCCUGGGUACAUUUCCAGACAAGCACCAACGGGCGAACGUGCAUCGUGCAGUGAGACACACCUUCCCUCAUCUAAUGACCAUAACCACCAAAAACGAGAUCACAGUAAAGCAAAACCCCGAUUACAAAGAGCUUUCCUGCCUGGUUUCGGAGGAAGAAUCGCAGGACUUCUUUAGGUUUAUAGACGCCAAAGUUCCCGAUUCAGUCUUUACUUUCAAGAGUGACGACAAUAAAGAGCACAGGAAAACGGUGCAUCACUUCCUGAGCAAGCGUUUCGGUAAACUGGUGGAAGCGAAAAGUUUCACCUGCGUUAAUAGCGCUGAGAUGCAGGGAUCGACGAUAACAGUGCGGUUCAGGCCGCGGAGUGACGCGUCGAGGAAGCGGACAGCCGCCGAUUGCGUCAAGGAAGACAUCGUGUAUACAGCCUUCGUUCUGAAGAAGGAGAAUCUGGAGACUCUGGAGGCUAUAAGUUAUAUGGCUGCAUCUCUGGGUGUGCUGUCGUCAGAUUUCACCUAUGCUGGUAUCAAGGACAAGAGGGCCGUCACUUACCAGUCCAUGGUUGUGAAAAAGAUCUCCGCUGAGAGACUGAGAGAAAAGUGUCCUGACUUUGAGAAGAGAGGGAUCUGGCUCUCCAACAUCCAUUCCGUGUCCCAGCCUCUAAGUCUCGGGAGGCUGCGAGGAAACCAUUUUGACCUGGUUGUUAGGGACCUCAGGCCACACUGCACUGAUCUGAGAUCAGAUCUGGCUCAGCUGGUGGACGAGGCAGUGGACAACAUAAAGAUGAACGGUUUUGUGAAUUACUACGGUCCGCAGCGGUUUGGUACCGGCCAGACUGUUCAGAGUGACCGGGUCGGACUCGCGCUGCUUAAGCAAGACGUGGUAACAGCUAUCCGGUUGUUCUUUACCCCAGAGGAUGGGGGGGAUGACCCCUCGAAUAAGGCUAAACGCCUCUUCCUGGAGACAGGUAACGCCAAGGAGAGCCUAGCCCUGAUGCCGGGGCAGAAGCCGCGUGAGAGGCUGCUUCUCCGCGCUCUGCAUCGCUACGGGCCGGGACAGGACGGCUGCACGCACGCAUGGCUCAGCCUCCCUCACAGCAUGCGCGUCUUCUACACGCACGCCUACUGCAGCCGGCUGUGGAACGAAGCCGCCACCUGCAGGCUGCGGCAGCUGGGAUGCCACGUCGUACAGGGUGACCUGGUUUGGGAGGACAGGGAGCAGGGAGAGGGAGGGGAGCAGAGCACUCGUCGGAUUCAUGUGGUAUCAGCUGUAGAAGCAGCAGACGGCGUUUAUUCACUCCGACAGGUUGUUCUGCCAAUGCCUGGAAAUACGGUGAAAUACCCCGAAAACAUCGUUGGUGACUGGUACCAGGAGAGGCUGGCGUCUGACGGAUUGCAGGACUGCCGGUUCAGAGUGGUGUCUUUGAAGCUGAACUUGCCUGGCUGCUAUCGCCCCCUGCUGGCCUACCCCCAGAACCUCACGCACAAACUGCAAGGGCACAGUAUAUCUCUGGAGACCCAGGAUUACUCGGAUCACGCCGCUGCUCCUAAUCUCACUCUGUCGUUUGAUCUGGAUUCUUCCUGCUAUGCCACAGUCUGUCUCUGGGAAAUCAUGAAGUGUGAGCUGUAGCAUCAGCAUCUUGCACAGUUCUUACUAUCAGGACUUACAAAUGUGGUUUUUCAGAUUCAGUAGAUACAAGAAGUCAAAUGCUGAAUGACGUUCAGUCUCCUUUUUCACAGUUUCUAAGAUUUAGAAUACUGCCCUCUUGUGGUAGAAUACAGGUUAGUAAUUUAUCUGAAUGAUCUUUGACACAAGCUUCUUUCUGGAAGUUUUCCUGGGAAUCGAUCUUUUGGAAUGACCUUGUACUGGCAGCUGUAACUUCUAAAUCACCCCAGGAGACAUUUGAAACUAUAUUACGAUAUAAGUUCCUGAUUAGAAUCGUCUUUUAAACAAACAGAACUGUUUCAUCAUGUACUUGGUUCAUGUAUAUUAAAUAUUUGGUUCUUCUGUUAUUUCAAGAA